AUCGCCAUCGAACUACAGCAGCACUUCUCGAAGGAUGCUUUAGGAAAAGCUUUAGAACGUCUCAGUACAAAUCCAAGACAUCUACUUUUCUAUCAUCCCGUGAAAUUCGAACUUCGUCGUACAUUUCCUUUCACCAAACUUCACCUCUAUUCCCAUCAAACCAAUGAUACAACCUAUUGGCUAAUCAAUAGCUGUAGCUUUUUCAGGGACACGCCUAUUUUUACAUAUGACGGCGUUUACAACGAAAACGAUUUCCUACGUGCCUUUGAUGCUUUUCAAAAUCGUCACGAUCUCUUCGGAAAGAGUUAUCCGAUUAUUGUUGCUGAAGACAAAAUCACGAAUGCUAUUUUCUCACAAAUGUCAAGCAUGGAUCACGACAUCAUAAAGCACAAUUAUGCUUGUCAUCUCUUCUACAUGACCGAUGAACAACAGAAAUUAGUUAUGCAAGAGCGACUUCAGGUACCAGAAGGGUAUACGAUAGGUACAGAAAAAAUCCGUCGCCUGCCGUCAGUGUGUGUCCGAAAGGAUGGCCAUAUGGUCGGUUUCUAUGGAAUAGAAGCCCUAGGCUGGCUGAACCAUCAAUUUGUCUUCCAAGAACAUCGUCACAAAGGUCUUGGAACUCUGUUGGAAUUGGCACAUGCACAGAAUUUCUGCAAACUGGUGGAGACACAUAAUUUAUCGACAUUUGAAGCGACAAAACGUUCGAAAUUCUGGACACUUGUCCAGGAGGACGGCAAAGAUGUUAUUAUCGAUUAUUUAGACAUUUUUAAAUAA